UGGUCGCGUCGCUUUGUGAUACCGUCGUCACUCGAUGUGAAGUUUGAAGUUAGUGUGCUAAGGCUUUAGUAAUGAAUGUUGAUAGUAUAUUUUCAGAGUGAUAACUAAUAUCAAUACACCAAAAAUAUGUCAGUGAUAAUAGUGAUAAGUAAUUAAUGUGUGUAUGAAAAUGUUAGCUUGUGUGUGCCAACCGACGGAGACAGCGUUGUUAUUCAAAGGUGGACCUCCAAUCACAAUGGGACCACUCGGCACGAAUACCAAGAUACGGCAAACAACGGAGACUGCAAAGUCCGUGAAAGUGAGACCAAAACCUGUCCGAAGAGCUAGUGAAGACACAAAGGACAGCUCGUCUUUAAACUCCUCACCAACCUACGUCCAUCCAUCAGGUAGUCUACUAAAUUUACGAAAAAUUGAAAGAAAAGCAAAAUCAACGAAAAUCUUAGUGAACCCCGUUUGUUCUGAUAGCGUAGGUACAAGUGAUGAUAGUAAUAACUCUAAAACAGUAGAUUCAAAAUGGAAUGGCAAGAAAAAACGACUGAAGCCUGAACAAGGUAAGACUCAUAAAAAAGAUGAUGCUAAAUGUGAUAAAAAUGAUACAAUUAGCCGUAAUGCAGCUAAGAAGGAAGACAAGAAGUCGAUAUCUUGUUUCAAAAGGAAAUCGUCCAGUGAUAAAUUACGUACGGAUGAUGAUAAAAAAUCUGGAAGAGAGAACUGUAGCAAUGAAAAUGCAAGUAAUUCGAUGAACGUAGAGAAACCAGAUAUUAUAAACCAUUCUAGGAAAAGUAGCAAAGAAAUUGUGGUAGACGCAAGUAAGAUGCAAGAGAGACUUCUGAAAACUGACCAAAUAGGAAAGACUGAUAGUGCUAUAGCUGUUAAGGAUAAUGAGUUGGGGGAAGGGGUGGAGCUGACAUUGGGAGAGUUACGCGCGAUGGCUCUUCGGCAGCAGCAGCAGAUAGACACACAGCACCAGCUGCUCUGCGCCAAGGAGCAGCGGCUGAGGUACCUCAAGCAGCAAGAAGCGAGGCAACAUCAGGUGGCGGUAGAAGGCGAGCGGCUGCGGAGACUGCGCGAGCGCGUAGAGGCGCAGGAGUUGAAGCUACGCCGGCUACGGGCGCUUCGCGGGCAGCUCGACAGGAACAAGCAGGCGAAUAUAGCACUCACAAGUGACCUCGAGUCUAUACGAGCUCUAUUCAAUGAAAAGGAGAAAGAGUUAUCUGUGGCGGUGGCCAAAGUGGAAGAGUUGACGCGGCAGCUCGAGGAGUUGAGGAGAGGUCGCGCGCAGCCGGCGCCGCCCUCUGCCCACGAGCUGGACAAACUGCGCCGGGAGCUUAUGUAUCGCAACAAGCUGAACGAGCAACAAAACGGCAGGCUGUCGGCGCAACGGGCGGCGCUGGGGGCGCGGCAGGAGGAGAUGCGCAGUAUAGACCGCCGGGUCUCCGAGCUCCAAGCACGACUGCUGAGGAAGAGGGCCCUCAAUCGACAGCUAACAGCCGCGCACCGCCACCCACAGCAGCAGCCACAAAGAACGAACAACCCAACGCCUAUGCAGCAACUGUCGAACUAUACAGGCAACGCUAAUAGUCAACCAAAGAACCAGCAGCCGAGAGGGAACGUUGCCGCCGUCGAGCCUUAUAACCAUGUGCCUCAUGCUCAGAGCGUCAGCCAUAGUAAUUUCCAGGCAAUGAAGCAGAAUGUAAUACAAAACAACGUGCCAUUAAAACAACUUACACAAUGUGAUAAUAUGCAAACCCACAUGACGCAACAAGAAGCCCAUUACUUGCAGCAGAAACAGAUGAUGAACCCACUCUAUAAUGGAUACCCUCACAUGCAACCAGGAGAUAACCAAUUUCAAGGACAGUACCCGAAACACGAGAACAUAAAUCACGUGCAACAGGGUAUCACCAAUGCUUACGAUCAGAAAGGCAUGUUCGAACAUUUAAAUAAAUAUCCAGAUUACCCAAAACAACCACAAUACAGUCCAAAUAGUACAAGCAGUUCGAACAGCAAUCAAACUGGUAAAGAGCUAAAGAUCAACGAACAAGAAUUUCUGCCAGAGUUUGCUGCAAGUAAAUCGGAUCCAAAAUAUCAAACGUUGCCAUAUAACACCAAAUUUCCACAAAGUACAAACGGCAAAAUGAAGCCUGACCCCAACAAUAAGAACAACGAAGACAAGAAUGCAGCGAAUAUAAACGUUAAUCAUAUGACUGUACAUUCAACACCACUGACGGUGGUGAACAAAAGUCUUGCGACGCCUCUAAGUCAAACAGAAACCACAUAUCCACAGGAACAUACAUAUCAGUUGCAAAAAUCUGAUUCCUCCAGUAGAUGUAACCAGGAGGGGAAAGAGAAUCAUGCAUAUCCACAGAAUUCUAGGCUAAGUCAAAAUAAUAGUCAGAGCAACGAAGGCUCGAAGAGUAGCGCGGGGAAGAGUCAACAGGGUAACGCUAUAAAGGGAAGUUCUCCGAGUUUGGGAUCUAAUACGACAACGACUAGCAGUUCUAUAGGUUUUGGGAAACCUGUAUCAAGUGUAGCACCCACAGCAGUUCAGGUCUCGAGUGGGAAACCAUCACCUAUUUAUCAGACAUCAUCCACUAAGAUCCAACCGGUCCAGCCACAGACCGUUCAGACCCAAAGCAUCACCGCACCAUCAUCAAAUCAUGUAGCUAGUAAUGUGGUGACUUCCCAACCCCAGAUCGUUAGAAACACGGCGUCAGGAUUGUCAACUAGCACGGGGAGUAACUUCAGUGGUCAAAACACGUCAUCGCAGAGCAUGUUAUUAUCUCCGCCACAAAGUGCCAGCACACCAUUGUCUACUCCUGACGUGAGCGGUACUGACAAAUCGCCCAAGCCAGCACUACCUCCAAAACCUGCCAUAAAGACUCCACCGCGACAGUCAGCAAAUAACGAUGCCGGUUUCAACCAAAACUCGGAGACCACACCAAUGCCCACCAUACCUUUACAAGAAUCAAACGAUAGCGAAUCACAACAGAAUCAGAAGGAAUCUAAUGGCAAUAGCGGUAAUGACAUGAUCAUAAAGGCGCGUCCACUAACCAUUAGGAAACCCCCAUUAAAUGAACAGCAACCUAAACUUCGGAACAUGAAUUCAGCUAAGAAUGGUAUCAGUGUUAGUAUCAACCGUCGCAUUGAGAUGCCACCGGCUUUCUUGUUCCCCGAAAUGGAUCAUCUAACUUUGGAUUCCGUACCAAGUGAAAUGCAGAACGGCCUAAAAGAUAAAACGAAGCAGAAAGAUGAAGUUGAUAGGGCACUAACUACUAACAUAUCGUCUAAUAGUGACAAACAAGAGGAGAGUAAAGAUAAUGUGGCAGAUAUAGCCGAACAAAUUAGUUCGGUCGAUUUGAACGGUCAGGAUUCUCAGGGCUCUGAGAAUGUACUGAGGCGAUCAAAGAAAGGCAACUUGAAGCAAGGAGGAAAGGCACCUUUGACGAGGAGAGUGAGUUUUGAUCCGCUCGCAUUACUAUUGGAUGCCAGUUUAGAAGGAGAAUUGGAACUCGUCAAGAAAACUGCAACACAGGUUCAAAAUGCGAGUGCGGCAAAUGACGAAGGCAUCACCGCUCUACACAAUGCUAUCUGUGCCGGGCACUUCGAAAUUGUCAAAUUCCUUGUGGAACUUGGCUGCGAUGUGAACGCCCAGGACUCAGACGGCUGGACUCCACUGCAUUGUGCUGCCUCCUGCAACAAUCUGCCGAUGGUGCGCUUCCUCGUUGAUAAUGGCGCGUGUAUAUUCGCAACCACGCUGUCUGACCAAGAGACCGCGGCCGAGAAGUGCGAAGAGGACGAGGAAGGUUUUGACGGCUGUUCAGAAUAUCUUUACAGUGUGAAAGAGAAGCUAGGUAUAAUGAACAAUGGCCUAGUGUACGCGGUGUUCUCGUACACGGCGGCGCGCAGCGACGAGCUGUCGUUCUCGAGCGGCGCCGCGCUGCACGUGCUGCGCAAGGGCGACGACAGCGAGCGCGAGUGGUGGUGGUGCCGCCUGGGCACGCGCCAGGGCUACGUGCCGCGCAACCUGCUCGGGUUAUAUCCAAGAGUGACCGACAAGCAGGAAUAAAAGGAGACAGGAACGAGGGGAAAUGAAGCUUAGCUUAGCAUCUGACCUGAUUAUAAACUGUACAUAAUGUUCUUAUUAUUUUUUAUGUAUUUAUAUAGCUAACCUAAAACACACACAUAUAUAUAUAUAUAUAAAUAUUGUAUACAAUUUUAAUGAAAUUUAAAUAUUUUGUAAAUAUAUAAAAAGAAAAUAUGUGCAAAACGAAUGAGAUUAUAUUGUAAAUUUUAUAAAUAUGUGAGUCAUAAAAUAUUGGUCAUGAAAUUUGUAUAUUGUUCUUAGUGCGCCUGCAGACAUUGCGAGUUAUUACACACAUAAAGUGACAAUACGAAAUUAAAUAAAUGACAAC